AUGGAAUUGAGGCGCCCGGGCAGCCGCGGGGGGCGGCUCUGAGCGACACCCCCAAACACACACUGCCCUUCCCAGAUCUCCUGGACAUUUUAUCAGUCUCCCCACAAGCAGACCCUCCUUUACCCCACUGGAGACCGGGGCAGGGGGCAGACAAUGCUCCAGACAGGGCUGGUUUGGGGAGCCCUGGAAGGACUGAAGACAUUCAGAAGAACCUCAGAAAAGCCUUUCAGGAAACCUGCAAGCAGGAUCUGGGCCAAACCAUCCUGGCUACUAGCCCUCCAUAGCCCUCUCUUGCAAAGCCAGGCAGGUCGUGGCUAUUGUUUCCUCCUGCAGGAGGGAGUUCCCCAGUUUAACUAAGAAGGGUUUUCUCUUGUCUGCCCUGAAUCUUCCCACAUGGGGCUUCGCUGGCUGCCCACCAGGGAGGAAACUGCUUCUCUGCCCAUUCUUUCCAUGCCAGGGCCCUCAAAGACACUCCUGGAACUGCCUCUCUCAGGGUUGUGGCGUCCUGGCCUGCCCCUCUCUCGCCCUGCCCCCCAGAGGCCAGAGGACCAUGAGGGUCCUCUAUGGGCACUGCUGCCGCUUCCAGGUGCUGUGGGCCGCCCUGGCUGUCUCCAUGACCAUCGGCUUCACCAUCCAGCUCUUCGGGGUCUCCUUUCAGAAGAGGUCCAGAAAGUCAUGCCCCCGGACAGCUUCUACUUCUCCAUCGUGAGGCACCCCGUCUCCCUGGCCGAGUCGGCCUUCUCCUACUACCGGAGCGUUGUCCCUGCUUUCCGCCGCGCCGGCACCUUGCCCCAGUUCCUGGCCUCGCCACAGCGCUUCUACCGCCCCAGCGAGAGGGGCAACCACUACGCCCGCAACCUGCUGUGGUUCGACUUUGGCCUGGACCCACCAGCAGCCCCUGGCCUGGCCCCAAUCCAGGCUGCCCUGGCCAUGCUGGAGCACACCUUCCACCUGGUCCUGCUGACGGAGCACAUGGACGAAUCACUGGUGCUCCUGCGCGAUGCCCUCUGCUGGGGAGAGGAGGACAUCCUGGCCUUCCGCCACAACUUCCGCAGCCCUGAGUCCGUCCGCCCACUGGCACCCGUGGAGGCUGCCCGACUCCAGGCCUGGAACAACCUGGACUGGCACCUCUACACUCACUUUAACCGCAGCUUCUGGGAGCGUGCAGAGCGCUUUGGCCGUGCACGCCUGGCCCAGGAGGUGGAUGCCCUGCGGCAGCGGCGAGCAGAGCGGAUGCAGCAGUGCCUGCAGGGAGGGGGCCCUCUGGAGGCGGGGCAGAUUGCGGACGAGCGCAUCCGUCCCUUCCAGUUUGGGCAGGCCCCCAUCCUGGGCUAUGUCCUGAGGCCCAGCCUGGACCCCGAAUGGCAGGCGCUGUGCCAGCGCAUGGUGACUCCCGAGCUCCAGUACAAGGACCUCCUGGAUGCCAAACAGUUUCCUCCGCCCCCCCAGGGCAACGGCUCUCAAGCCGGCGGGGUGAGGUAGCAGUGGCAAGCGGAAGGGGGUGCAAAAAGGCCAACUGGCCCCCAGCAGGCUUGGCAUGGGCUGGGUGCUGAAGGCACAGAGGACCUGAGGUGCCAUGAAAAAUCUCAUUCUGCCCACAUUUCUGGGAUUCCCAGAAGAAGCUCCCUCUGGAUGUUGGGAGAUUCAGGUGGAAGGAAGGGCUUCUUUGUAGAACUAUAGUGUUGGAAGGAACCCUAAGGGUCAUCCAAUCCAACCCUGGCAAUUCAGGAAUCACCACUAAAGCAUCCGUGGCAGAUGACCAUCCGACCUCUACGCAGAAACCGCCAAAGGAGAGGAGGGACUUUAUGCAGCCCAUCAAUGGCAAAAAAUAAAAUAAUAAAAUAAAAUAAAAUAAAAUAAUUCCUUCCAGUAGCACCUUAGAGACCAACUAAGUUAGUUAUUGGUAUGAGCUUUUGUGUGCAUGCCCACUUCUUCAGAUACGAAAGCUCAUACCAAUAACUAACUGAGUUGGUCUCUAAGGUGCUACUGGAAGGAAUUGUUUUAUUAUUUUAUUUUGUUUUGUUUUGUUUUGUUUCGACUACGGCAGACCAACACGGCUCCCUACCUGUAACUACAUCAGUGGCAUAGCAUGGGUUGCCAGCGCCCAGGGCAAGGCGAGUAUUUUGCACCUGGGGCAGUUGCCCCGGUAGUACCCCCACUUGCUAUGCCGCUACAGCCCAUAGUUAAAUGUGGCCACUGCUGGGUCAUCAGUUUCAAGAGGCCUUCCUGUCAGUGAGGACAGAAUGAAAAGUGGACCCGACAAUGUCUUUUCAGGCACAACUCAAGAGCAGCUGCUGGAUCCUGCCGUGUGACUCAGCUCGGCAUCCUCAGCCAGGCCUGACUUUGCACAAGGAGGCGGGGUCCUGCAUCGGGGGGGACCCCACACCUCUUGACCUGGGACUCAGCCACAGUGGGCCUGAGUGACUCUUUGCAGGGGCAGCCGGCUGACAUGGGAGCCUCAAAGUCCCAGGUUCAUUUUGUUGCUUUGGCCGCAGACUCAUGAUGGGGAAGGAGAUGGGGUCUCUCCCCCCCCCCAUCCACAAUCUGCAAUGGAAGACUAAUGGUACUGCACCACCCACCUUGUAGGGCUCUUGUGUGGAGCA